UCCGUGAGAUAAGUCAUUUCCGUCCACCGAGGUGCAGGCCGAACGUCUCGGGCAGCAACCGCGCCUUGGUUGGAAGUGGCGCCUGAGCCCGAGCGGCGGGCACAGGCCGGCACCCAGGAUGGCCGAGGUGGAUGUCCAGGGCCGCCUGUGGCUGGAGAGCCCCCCUGGAGGGGCGCCCCCAAUCUUCCUGCCCUCAGGCGGGCAAGCCCUGGUCCUGGGCCGGGGACCCCUGACCCAGGUUGCGGACCGGAAGUGCUCCAGAAACCAAGUGGAGCUGGUUGCAGAUCCUGAGACCCGGACAGUGGCAGUGAAACAGCUGGGAGUUAACCCCUCAACUGCCGGGACUCAGGAGUUGAAGCCGGGGUUGGAGGGCACCCUAGGGGUGGGGGACACGCUAUAUUUGGUCAACGGCCUCCACCCGCUGACCCUGCGCUGGGAAGAGACCCGCACACCAGGAUCCCAGCCAGAUACUCCACCCGGCACCCCUCCGGUGGCUUCAGAUGAGAAGGAGGAAGCUGAGCAGCCGAAAAAGCGGAUGCGGAAGUCAUCCCCCGGCUGGGAGAACUUGGGGAAGUUGUUAGUGUUCACAACAUCUGGGGUGAAGCCCCAGCGCAAGGUGGCUGGCUUUGAUCUGGACGGGACCCUCAUCACCACACUUUCUGGGAAGGUCUUUCCCACCGGACCCAGUGACUGGAGGAUCUUGUACCCAGAGAUUCCGAGGAAGCUCCGGGAGCUGGAAGGCGAGGGCUACAAGCUGGUGAUCUUCACCAACCAGAUGGGCAUUGGGCGUGGGAAGCUGCCAGCAGAGGAGUUCAAGGCCAAAGUGGAAGCUGUGGUGGAGAAGUUGGGGGUCCCCUUUCAGGUGCUGGUGGCCACACACGCGGGCUUAUACCGGAAGCCAGUGACUGGCAUGUGGGACCAUCUGCAGGAGCAGGCCAACGAGGGUGUGCCCAUCUCCAUCGGGGACAGUGUCUUCGUGGGAGAUGCAGCCGGACGCCCAGCCAACUGGGCCCCCGGGCGGAAGAAAAAGGACUUCUCUUGUGCAGAUCGCCUGUUUGCCCUCAACCUUGGCCUGCCCUUCGCCACGCCGGAGGAGUUCUUUCUCAAGUGGCCAGUGGCCCGCUUCGAGCUCCCCGAGUUCGACCCGAGGACCGUCUCCCACUCGGGGCCUCUCUGCCUCCCCGAGUCCAGCUCCCUCUUGAGCUCCAACCCGGAGGUGGUUGUCGCCGUGGGAUUCCCUGGGGCCGGGAAGUCCACCUUCCUCAAGGAGCAUCUCGUGUCCGCGGGAUACGUCCAUGUGAACAGGGACACGCUGGGCUCCUGGCAGCGGUGUGUGACCACGUGUGAGACAGCUCUAAAGCAAAGGAAACGGGUGGUCAUCGACAACACGAACCCAGACGCCCCCAGCCGGGCCAGGUACAUCCAGUGCGCCAGAGACGCGGGCGUCCCCUGCCGCUGUUUCCUUUUCACCGCCACCCUGGAGCAGGCGCGCCACAACAACCGGUUCCGCGAGAUGACCAGCUCUUCGCACGCACCCGUGUCGGACGUGGUCAUGUUCGGCUACAGGAAGCAGUUCGAGGCCCCCACGCUGGCGGAAGGCUUCUCGGAGAUCCUGGAGAUCCCGUUCCGGCUGCGCCCGGAGCCGCGGCUCGAGCGGCUGUACCGCCAGUUCUCCGACGGCUGAGCCGCGCCCGCCGGCAAUAAAGGCUGCUUUCCUAGA